AUGCCACGACGAACUCAAAACGAUGAAAGAGAUGAAGAUGAAAAUAAAAAACAUGAUGAUGAUUUUUAUGGUGGACAAAGAAAACAAGAAACAGAUUUAGGAGGUAGUGGAAAAUCUUUAUGGGAUGCUGCUAGAGAUAUUGUUGCAAGUCGAGAACAAGCUGAAACAUUACCGACUGUAUCGAAUACUGUACUUUUUGUUGGAAGUCGAAGUGGAGGUAAAUCAACAAUGGUUCUGCGAUAUUUAGAAAGAACAAGCGAAACAGCUAAACCAACUAUUGCACUUGAAUAUAAUUAUGCCAAAAAGCCGAAAACAACCGAUACAGUAGGAAAAGAUAUUGGUCAUGUAUGGGAAUUAGGUGAUGGAACUUUUCUUACUAAAUUAAUUGAUGUUGUUCUUACACCUGAAACAAUUGAACAUGCAUCUGUUGUACUUGUACUUGAUCUUUCUAAAGAACAAGAAUUAUGGUAUACAUAUGAAACUUUAUAUGAUGCAAUAGCUAAACGAGUAAAACAUUGUAUUAAUGAAGCAGCAAAACAAAAUCCGAAUAUUAAAGAUAAACUUAAAGAAUCUAUUACUCAACGUAUUGGCAAGGCGAAUAAAAAUGAUGUUGAACCACUUCGUAUACCAUUAUUAAUAGUUGGAUCAAAAUAUGAUGAAUUUCAAAAAUUGGAACCAGAAGCGAAAAAAACGAUUAUUAAAACUCUUCGUUUUCUUGCGUUUUAUCAUGGUGCAACAUUACUGUCUUAUAGUGAAAAACAAGAAAGUGUAUACCUGAAAUCAGCUAUUCAUCAUCUCUUAUUCGAUACAAAUUUACCUGAAAAACAACCACAGAUAGAUUAUCAAAAACCAUUAUAUAUUAAAUCAGGUAGUGAUACAUUAGAACAAGUCGGUCCGCCACCUAUACCUGAAUAUGAACUUGGUGAUUUAAAAGAACAAACACCAUUAGCUGUUUGGAGAGCUGCAUAUUGCAAACGAUUUCCUCAAGAAGUUGAAAAACGUGAUCCAUCAUUAAUGCAAGAUUAUGGUCGUGAUCCUCAAUAUGCUGAUGCUUCUAUCGAUGCAAUGCGAGAACAGAAAAUAGCUGAAUUACAACGUUAUUUAACAAUGAAAACACGUUCACGUUCAUAA